AUGUCUGUGACUUUCGCUCAACGGGGUAGACCAACUCCAAAUUCUACUCAAAUUCAGAAGAUGCUCGACGAGAAUAGCCAUCUUAUACAAACUAUUCAAGAAUACCAGAACAAGGGAAAAAUUCAGGAAUGCGUACAGUAUCAGCAAAUCUUGCACAGGAAUUUAGUUUACUUAGCAUCUAUCGCCGAUGCCGGACAGAAUAUACAAGCAUUAUUACCACCACCACAGGGAAUGAGUAAUGGUCCACAACAUCCCAUAAUGGGACCUCAGGGCCCACCAAGUGGUCCAACAGGAACUGCAGGACCAGGGAGUGAAAUACCUCCCAAUACCCAGCAACCAAUGCCAAUGGCUAGUUUCAAUCAAGGUCAAAAUAUGGGACAGGGAGGUUAUCGAAGUGGACCCGUUAUGCCUGGUCAAGGACCUGCUAUCAACCGUCCAGCUGCGGGUCCUGGUCCUCAGCAAUACAGAGCUGGACCCCAGGGCUACCCUCAACAGCCAACACAACAAGCCUAUCACACUCCCUACGCCAAUCAAACCCCAGGCGCCAACUACCAAGGUCCCCAAGGCUCAACUUACACCCCAGGUCAACCUAACCAGUACGGACCUCCCAACGCUUCCCAGCAACAAAGCUAUCCUGCAGCCAAUCAACCCAACUACGGUCCUCCAGCCGCAGUCAACAGCUACGGUCCUCAACCAGGCGGAUAUCCACCUCCCGCGAAUCAACCUCCCGCCGGCUACGGUCCUCCACCUCCAAAUCAGCAAGGCUAUCCUCCACCCAACGCCUCUCAACAAAGCUUCCCACCCGGCGGUCAGCAGCCACAAUCCGGACAGUACGGCAGCCCGAGCCCGCAACCAAACUACCAACAACCACCAUCUCAACCACCUCCUCAAAACGCCUAUGGUACGAAUCAGUCUGGUAACUAUCCUCCUCCUCCCUCACAAGGUUAUCCCAAUAGCGUUCCUCCUCAAUCAUACCCUCCUCCACCCACUUCUAACGCCACCCAACCCCCUCAACCCGGUCCCCAGCAAUCCGGCGGUCCCCAACCUAACUAUGGUAACCAACCUAGUCCAGGUCCUGGCCCGGCGCAAUACGGUCCGACUUCUACAUCGCCUCCCUUCAGCACCACGCCAGUGAGUGGAGCCAACACCUACGCCCAGAGCGGUCAACCCACCAGCACACCAUCUGCCUCCACCCAGACUUAUCCAGCCACUGGUGGACCUCCUCCUCCCUCCCAGGGUGGAAAUUACCCCCCUCCUGGACCAGCACCCUCCGGUUAUCAUCAGCCACCACAUCCGCCUUCACACCAAUCUCCCCAUCCGCCGUCUCAUCCUCCGCAUCAACCUCCACAUCAGAAUCCUCAUCCUUCUCACCAGCCACCGCAUCCUUCUCAUCCGCCUCAUCAGCCUCAACAUCAGCCUCAUCAACAACCUCAACAAGGCCAGCAGCCUUCUCAAACGCCUCCUCAGCCUCAGCAACAGCAAUCGCCCAGUCCUGCUCCAAGUGGUUUCCAACCUCCCUCGGGUCCACCCCAAGGACAGGCUCCUCCACCAGGUCCCCCUCAGCCUCAGAGUGGAUAUGGACCUCCGCAAUCGCAUCCCGCGACGACGCAAACUUUCGUUCCACCAAGUCCAUCUGGACAGCCUCAGGUCUAUUCGCCGCAUCCUUCGCAAGGUGGACAACAUUACGGACAUCCGCAGUACCCGCCGCAGAAUUACCCACCGCCACCUGGUGGCCAAGGCUAUCCGCAGUAUCCUCCGAGGCCGCCUGGUAGUCAUAUGCCUCCACCGGGUCCUCAGGGACCACCACCGCCGAAUCAGUAUGGAUACGGGUAUCAACCUCCUCCUCAGUAAGGAGAUUCGAGAUUUUGAGGAUAUUGACGAGGGGUGCUGGGUGUUUUGGAUUAUGGAAGAACCUCUCUGGAUUGAUGGGUUCUUUAAAAAGUCUGGGAUUUGUUUCCAAGUCAGGA